ACCCCUCCGCCGGGUGUCAGUCGGUGAGGUAGCCACAUAAAUGCGUCGGGACUCUGUUUGGCCCGCAGCUUUCCAGCUUGUUGCGAAAACGGAUGUUCCUGCCGUAACAGGCCCAUGUCUGAAAACCCAGACAGACGGUCACAUUUCUACACUAACUCAGAUCCAGCCGACGGCGAAGUCACAACAGCAGCAGCAGCAAGAUGGAGUGUGAGUGGAAGCCAGACGAGCAAGGACUUCAACAGAUUCUCCAGCUGCUGAAAGAGUCUCAGUCACCAGAUACGUCCACACAGAGAUCCGUCCAACAAAGACUCGAGCAGCUGAACCAGUACCCAGACUUCAACAACUACUUAAUAUUUGUUCUAACAAAGUUAAAAUCAGAAGAUGAACCCACCCGGUCCCUGAGUGGGCUGAUCCUGAAGAACAAUGUGAAAGCCCACUAUCAAAAUUUCCCUAAUGGCGUGUCUGAUUUCAUCAAGAGCGAGUGCCUCCAAAACAUCGGUGACUCGUCGCCGCUCAUCCGGGCCACUGUGGGUAUCCUCAUCACCACCAUUGCCUCCAAAGGAGAGCUACAAAACUGGCCCGAGCUCCUGCCUAAACUCUGCCUGCUGCUGGAUUCAGAGGACUACAACACGUGUGAGGGAGCGUUUGGAGCCCUGCAGAAGAUCUGCGAGGACUCAGCUGAGAUCCUGGACAGCGACAUGCUGGAUCGACCUCUCAACAUCAUGAUCCCCAAGUUUUUACAGUUCUUCAAGCACAGCAGUCCUAAGAUCAGGUCACAUGCCAUCGCCUGUGUCAAUCAGUUCAUCAUCAGCAGGACUCAGGCCCUCAUGCUGCACAUCGACCCUUUCAUCGAGAACCUCUUUGCACUGGCGACAGACGAGGAACCAGAAGUGAGGAAGAAUGUGUGCAGAGCCCUCGUCAUGCUGCUGGAAGUUCGGCUGGACCGCCUGCUGCCGCACAUGCACAACAUCAUCGAGUACAUGCUGCAGAGGACUCAGGACCAGGAUGAAAACGUGGCCUUGGAGGCCUGUGAGUUCUGGCUUACUCUGGCGGAGCAGCCGGUGUGUAAGGAGGUGCUGUGUGGACACCUCUCCCAGCUCACUCCGGUGCUUGUCAACGGGAUGAAGUACUCUGAGAUUGACAUUAUCCUGCUCAAGGGAGACACUGAGGAAGAUGAGGCCAUUCCUGACAACGAGCAGGACAUCAGACCGCGCUUCCAUCGCUCCCGCACGGUCGCCCAGCAGCAUGAGGGCGACGGCAUCGAGGACGAUGAUGACGAUGACGAUGAACUGGAUGAUGAUGACACCAUUUCAGAUUGGAACCUGCGAAAGUGUUCGGCUGCAGCGCUGGACGUGUUGGCGAAUGUGUUUAGAGACGAUCUGUUGCUGCACAUCCUGCCGCUCCUCAAAGAGCUGCUCUUCCAUCCAGAGUGGGUGGUGAAAGAGUCCGGCAUACUGGUGCUGGGGGCCAUAGCUGAAGGCUGUAUGCAAGGCAUGAUCCCAUACCUGCCGGAGCUCAUCCCCCAUCUCGUCCAGUGUUUGUCUGAUAAAAAGGCUCUGGUGCGCUCCAUCACCUGCUGGACUCUGAGCCGCUAUGCACACUGGGUUGUCAGCCAGCCCCCAGACACAUACCUAAAGCCUCUGAUGACGGAGCUUCUCAAACGUAUCCUGGACAGCAACAAGCGGGUGCAGGAGGCUGCUUGCAGUGCCUUUGCCACUUUGGAGGAGGAGGCGUGCACAGAGCUGGUGCCCUACCUGGCCUUCAUCCUGGACACACUCGUGUUCGCUUUCAGCAAGUACCAGCACAAAAACCUGCUCAUUCUGUACGACGCCAUAGGAACACUGGCCGACUCUGUGGGGCAUCAUCUCAAUAAACCGGAAUACAUCCAGAUGUUGAUGCCCCCGCUGAUCCAGAAAUGGAACCAGCUGAAAGAUGAAGACAAGGAUCUCUUCCCUCUCUUAGAGUGUCUGUCGUCUGUAGCCACUGCCCUGCAGAGCGGCUUCCUGCCAUACUGUGAGCCUGUGUACCAACGCUGCGUCAACCUGGUGCAAAAGACUCUUGCUCAGGCCAUGGUGGGUGUCGAAGAUCCCUCAUGUCUCCAUCAGUCCCAGCCAGACCAGUAUGAGUCUCCUGACAAAGACUUUAUGAUUGUUGCGUUGGAUCUUCUCAGUGGACUGGCCGAGGGUUUGGGAGGCACCAUUGAGCAGCUGGUUGCUCGCAGCAACAUCCUCACUCUCAUGUACCAGUGCAUGCAGGACAAAAUGCCAGAGGUGCGUCAGAGCUCCUUCGCUCUGCUGGGGGAUCUGACCAAAGCUUGUUUCCAACACGUGAAACCUUGCAUCGCUGAUUUUAUGCCCAUACUGGGUACAAAUUUAAACCCAGAGUUAAUAUCAGUGUGCAACAAUGCAACAUGGGCAAUCGGAGAGAUUUCUAUACAAAUGGGGGCUGAAAUGCAGCCGUACAUCGCCAUGGUGCUGCACCAGCUGGUGGAGAUCAUAAACAGACCAAAUACCCCAAAGACUCUCCUGGAGAACACAGCAAUAACAAUUGGUCGUCUUGGUUACGUUUGUCCUCAAGAGGUGGCACCCAUGCUACAGCAGUUUAUAAGACCCUGGUGCUCCUCUCUGCGAAAUAUAAGAGACAACGAGGAGAAAGACUCUGCAUUCAGAGGAAUUUGCACUAUGAUCAGUGUUAACCCGGGAGGAGUAGUGCAGGAUUUUAUAUUUUUCUGUGACGCGGUGGCCUCCUGGGUAAAUCCAAAAGACGACCUCAGAGACAUGUUUUACAAGAUCCUUCACGGGUUUAAGAACCAAGUGGGCGAGGAAAACUGGAGCCGCUUCUCAGAUCAGUUCCCCAUGCCACUGAAGGAACGGCUGGCAACCUUUUACGGGGUGUAACUGUUCCCCCAGCAGAGUGCCUCAUCACUGGGGUCAUUCACUAUGGGAGACAACAUAGGGAACCUCUAUUACCCAGGGAACUACGUUACCCUUUAUUGGGGGGAAGGGUCUGCCUGCUGAGGGGGAGGGAAGGGGUAGCGGACCCCUCCCCAACCUGACGGACGGGGUGGGAGGGAGGUUGUAGCCGCAGUGCCCCCAUGCACAGGCAAGGUGGUGGGGGGGGAGGGACAGGCAGAUCAACCUUAUCAUGGGAGGAAAAUUCAUGUUAUCACAUCUCAGUCAGAAAUAUUGAACUUUUUCCCCUUUUUUUCUCUCUCUCUCUCCAUUUAUCCCCACAAACAUGCGAUUUUUCUGUUACCUGAGCUGCUGAAAAAGAAAUGGAAGCAGAUAUGGGAAGAAUGUUGCAAAACUCUGUAAAGCAUUUGCUCUGAUAUUUUUGGCUGAAGGACGAGGUUUGCUCAUAUUUCAAAGUUAGGGCUGAAGCCGUUUCUUCUAAUAUCAGCCAGGUUAAAGGCAUGUGGUAGUUCUUAAUAGGUCUGGAUUCUACCAGUGGAGUAGAAACCUCCUUAAAAAUGGAGUUAAGUUAAAGAGAUACUUUCUCUAAAUAGUGGGGGGGGAGAUGUAACCUGAAGGAUAUAAUUUAAAAAAUGCUGCAUAUCAACAAGAAUAAGUACUCAUUUUAAAGUUUCAGAUUAUUUUCAGUGAUCUUAUUCUUUAGCAGGGCGAAGGCUGUUAAUCAUGUCACUGAAGAGCACAAGACUUUCAUUUAAAGAGCAGCUUCUCUGGGAGUAGGUAGCAUGCUUGUAUCAUUGUGAUAAGCUGUGGAACAUUAUUGAUGUGUGUUGCGUUCAACAGCCGUCGUCAGCCCUGUGAUAAGGUUCUUCUUUAACCUUGUACUUUUAUCUAUUUGCAUUUUUUUCGUUUUCCUUUACCAGAGUAUUACAGCCAUUAGCUGUAGUGUAGCAUGACUGGGGGUUUUCAAACACACACACGCACACACACACACACAGACAGAAAUUUAGGACAAAUCUUGGCUGUGAUGUGACGUUGAGGUUCGGUUUGUUGUGGCGUGAAUGUGUCCUGGUCGUUCGUCAAGCAGGCAUUGCAGAAGCUUUAAAAACGCUCACAAUCCUUUCUAUUGUGUGAAGGAGGAAUGAAGGAGAAGCACCAUGAUGACGCCAAUCCCGUCUCAGUGAUUUUUGUGACUUUUUGGCUGUCAGAACCUCGCAGUCCAUCGAAUGAAUGUCGAACGUGUUUCUUUCUAAGUGUAGUUUUUAUUUUCUCGGGUGUUUGGCUUCUUGUGCUAAAAGCAUGAUCUCGGGGUGACUGUAUAAUGUUUUUGGGUGGUUGUGUUUUUUUGUGGGGUACUUGGAUGCUUUCAUCUUUUGCAUGUUGGUGGCCCCUCACACCCCAACAUACAGUGUGAACGGGGAUAACUGGGAGGGAGGGAGGGAGGGGCGCUUCAAAUAAGAACUACAAAUUAACCAUUAAUGUAUUACAACACUGGGGCUUUUAUAAUGUCACAUUCUGUCGCUGGAGUCUCCUCCCUAAACUUUGACCCCCCCCCCAUAGCUGGAUGUAUAGUUUUUAAAUACUGUGAAACUACAACAAUGUUCUCGUCUCUGGUUGUGUUUUGCGCUGUUCUAUUUUAUAAAGUGUGUAAGUGUUUGAGUUACAAGAAGCCUGAAUGUAUUCCAUGAUGGGUUGGAGAGGUGGGAGGGUUUAGCUUGUUGGAUUGUUUUGGUUUUUUUAUGCCCAGCCAGUAAUUUUUCCUCUGCUGGUACAGAGUAAUAACUGCAGUAUUUAAACCCUUUGCGAUGCACAUUAAAUGCACUUAAAAUUUUAAUCGCAAGUGCAUUAAAUUAAUGAUGUAGCCAAACCCUUAAAUAUGAGCUUAGUGUUAACGCAGAUUAUGAAUAAUGAAGUGCUGCUAAAAUGUAUUUAAGUAAUGCAAUAACUACAGGGGUUCUAGGAUUGUAAAGCAGUUUAGUGUCUUAGACAAACAGUCACAUUAUGGAUGAUACAACUGGUGUGUUAGAUUUAUAAUAAGGAGGUGAACUAGUGAAUAUAGGACUUACAUAAUGCAUCAUGGAAUACAGAGGCAGAAACCUGUACGUGCCACAUCAUUUUGUGUUUGAAGUGAUUUUGUCUUGUCACAUUCCAGCUGUUUGGCAUGCAAAAAACGGAGUAACUGCAGCUUGAUGGGGAGUGUGUGUGCGUGUGUGCGUGCAGAAAAAAGGUCCUGCUUACAGGUCUACAAAACACGCCGAGCGACCCCCACCCAUUACUGUGCUGUAUUUCUGACUCGACUGCUGCUAUACAUUGUAGUUGUGUUUCACUACUUGAAUAUGUGUUUCCUAUGUGUUGACCUCAGGUUGUCUGUGUUCAGUGUUAUUCGUUUUAUUAUUUUCCCCCACUGUGUAUGCCUUUUUAUGCAUCUCCUCUCAACAUCUAGAGAUUGAAGUCUCGCCCAUCAUGUUAGGAACUGAUAACCAUGGGUGUUAAUUGACAUUAGUGUCCUUAUGUGUGCAGCACUGCUUGCUGAUUACAAUUGCAAGACAGGGGAAGUAUAUAAUGGUAACUCGCACAUGAUUGAUGUGCUUUUAUUGUGAAAAGUGAUUGUUAUAAGACUAUGGUUAAUAUUUAGUGUUAAGUGCACAUAAUGCCUUGAGAGCAAAUACUUUGUUGGCGUUUUGCAAUAGAUAUACAGUACUCUGUAUCUAAAGAAACACCUAAUUUAAAUGCAAAGAAGUAGGUCGAAAACGUUAAAAAACGUCGUUACCAAACAUAAUGUUUGCGAGUAUAACUUUGACUUUCUAUGAAGCUUUAUUGAAAAUUUGUAUUUUAUAAAGCACCCACCAAUAUUAAGGAAUGUCUAGUCAAAGAUCUCCUGUAUUCUCAUUUAGCCUUCAAUCUUGAUUAGACGAUCUGCCUUCAUCUUUUUUGCUAAGAAAAAGCAAAAACAUCAUUUUGAUAGACAUGGUUUGAUUUUUUUUUUAAUAAGCUGCUGAAUUUUAAAAAAAGUAAUACUUUUGGGGCCACCAAAUAUUUUGGAUCAUGCAAAGAAUCUAUAUUGUACUGUAGUAAUUUUGUAAUAUUUGUAAGAUGAUAUAGUGGAUGUGACUGGUUACCAUUGCUUGAAUCUGUACAUUGUUCCAAUAAAUUGUUUACAUUA